UUAUGUUACAAAAGAGCAGAUAAAAGACCUUACUCAUUUUUAAAUGAUGCAGGUAUAAUACCUUACAGCAGAUCGAUUAUUUAUUUUAAUUUGAAAUAGUCUUCAUACACUAGGCAGGUACGCCAUAAAAAUAUAGAAGAUAAGAAGUAGGUAAACCCAUUUACCAUACUAUUUUGCAUUUACUCCCCCAAUGCACACAUAUUUUCCUGUAGUCAUCAGCUGUUAUCAGCUUUUUACACCUAUCCAAUAGCACUGUUACACAAUCAUUGUUAGCCCAUCAUAUUAAUGCUGUCUUUUUAAAUAUGACUUCCCUCUGCCUCCAGUUCAUUCAUAUCAUUGUUAUGUGCGAACUUCUCCAUCAGCGAUGUCUGCACAGUCUUCAUAGAUUCAUCAUCCUGCAGAUAGCCUACAUCAUCAUCCAAGACCCCCCAUCAGCAUGUCUGCACUCCAGGGGGGAACAUACAGUAGUUUGCUGCUCUCAGUGCAGACACCCUUCAAGGACGAUAUCUCCAGUUCAAGCGCCAAAUACUACUUUAUGACUAUAAUUUAUACAUUAUCUUAUAUAAAAUAAAUCAUUAAUUUCUUGUCUCUACUGGUUGACAGAUAUUAAAGACAUCUGAUUUUAAAGUAUUUUUUUCUAACACUAAUACCGCUUGGCCUAUCAGAUAUUUCACCACUUGGAUUGUCUACAGUGCAUCAAACAUUAGUGCAGUUAAAAUGUGUGUAAGAGUAAAAUAAGGGGAUUCCGACUGUAGGAUGGACGUUUUGAUGAACCACUGGAUGAGGAAUUCCUUUACACCCCAGCCAAUAAGCAGGGACGCCACUCGGUGACAUGGGCCUGGCCUUCCCAAAAUAACCUGAAACCAGUGCGCUGACCAGUGUUGUUACUUGUGCUGGUGACAGGUUAGCCUAGCUUGGCUCCACAUUUCUCGUUCACUCCAAGGUUAACUCGACAAAACUGUCCUGAGCUGCUACCUGCGACCAAGAUUUCUCCAGGUGGCAGCAACCACAAGAUUGAAGAAUCGUCCUCUUCAAGCACAGGUGCAUUCCCCGUCCUUUCAAGGGGCUACCUAUGUUUCAUUCGAAGCAUGCAAGAACCACCAUCACUGUCUCACUUAAGAGAGAGCUAUCUGGCAGAGGAUAGAGCCCAGCAACACAAUGAUAUGAAGCACUCGGAUGCGUCCUCCUCAUGCCUUCAGAUCUAUGGCUCACUCAAAGGUAAGGUGGAGGAUCCUGUGGGCCACAAUGAUCCCCAAUUACCAGACCUCUCAGCCUUCCUCAGCCAGGAGGAGCUGGAUCAAAGUGUGAACCUUGCCUGCCAGGCCAUCAGACACGGGCCUCAAGAGGAGAGGGUCGAUUUCAAAGCCUCUAUCACACCAUUAACCCCAUCCAACAUCUCCUCGGCCUUGGAUUCUAACUGUGAAAUCCCAUCUGUUCCAUUGGUUAGCCAUUCUCUUGCUUCAUCUGCUGCUCCCGCCACUGUACCCGUCACCAAUCCAAUCCCGGAAUAUAGAGAUCUGCCGCCAACACAGGAAAACUUCACACCUGACAGAAAGGUGCUCAGAGCAUCCACAAGGCAGGAAAGGAGCAGCAGAGACUCAAGAGAAGGCUUCGAGGACUUUAACAGGCCAGUGAGGAAUGCUCCUUACGGUCUUGAGACGCAGUCCAAGAAGGAGUUCCUCAAUAAGGCAGCAGACUUCAUAGAGGAGCUCUCCUCCCUCUUUAAGGCCAACAGCUCCAAACGGAUGCGACCAAGGUCAUGCAAAACACACAGAAGUAAAAACCAGAGUAAGAGCCCAAAUGAGGAGACAGUUUUCCCCCUCAGCCAUGAUGACAGGGAGCGCACUGUCAUGCCCAUUGAGGUAAAGAAAGAGAAAACCAGUCAUGUUGUAAGCCAUAACCCAAAGGUCCAGUUGGAAUAUGAAAUUGGGCAAAGAGAACUCAAAGACUGCAGGAUUAUGGAGAAGUGUGACACUUUUUCCCAAGAGGUGGAGACUGACAGCCUUGCCUUGACAGAAAGUCCAUAUCCAGCAGAGCCUGUGUGUGAGCCUCCUCAUUUCAUCCAGAAACUGAAAAGCAGGGAGGUUCCAGAAGGCAGCAAGGUCCAGUUAGACUGUAUUGUUAAAGGAUUACCUGUGCCUGAAGUCCGGUGGUUUUGUGAGGGCAAGGAGCUGGAGAACAGCCCUGACAUUCAGAUCAUUACCAAUGGAAAUCUGCACUCUAUGAUCAUUGCAGAGGCAUUUGAGGAAGAUACUGGACGCUACUCUUGCUUCGCAUCUAAUUUCUAUGGCACUGACUCUACAUCAGCUGAGAUCUAUGUUGAAGGUGCCUCUUCUUCUGAUUCUGAGGGGGAACAGCACUUUGGACACGAAGCCCAGUUACAGAGGAAAUCCUUGCUUCCAUCAUCAAGCCAAACUGUUUCCAUUGAAGAUGAAAACUCUACAUCAUCCCAUCCAGCAUCAGCCACUGAGAGACUAUCUGAAGAGCACUUCUCAUCAACAAUUAACCAAAUAAUCACAGAACCUCUUCUGCCAGUCCAGACAACAGCAACCAUAAUUCAAGCUCCAGAGGUCUUAAAAACACCUUUGGCAUCCAGAGCACACCUUACUUUGGAGGAGACAACUGUGUUACCUGUGCAAGUAUUUCCUAUCAUGUCAUCUGGGGAUAAAGAACUUUCUGGAGCCCAGGAUGUGGCAACAUCCGUCUCAGACAUAUUCACAUCCGCUCAACAGCUGACAACUACAGCGAAAGCUUCAUUAUUGUCUUCGAACUCAUUGGAUUUGUCUGUGCUCCCUGUUUUGUCAACUCUAACACAAACGCCCCAACCUGAGGGUCAAACCUCCAACAACAACUACAUUAAAAGGAUGAAUGGGCAACCCAUGAUGGCUGCCCCUGCAUUCACAAAGAUCCUGAAGGAUCUCCUUGCAUCAGAAGGCCAGCUGGUGGUGCUAGAGUGCCGUGUGAAAGGGCUACCAUCACCUCAAGUGGACUGGUACAGAGAUGGAAAAAUCCUAAAGGACUCUCAUGAUUUUCGGAUGCUGCAAAAAAAGCCCAGAUCUCCACUUGAUUCAGACGAAAUAUGCACUCUAGUCAUUUCUGAAGUUGUUCCUGAAGAUUCAGGAAUGUUUACUUGUACGGCAAGCAACAAGUAUGGAACCAUUAGCAGUACUGCUACACUCAGAGUCACAGCUAGUGGCAGCAACAGCAACCAUGAAAGGCCUUUCAGCAGUUUAACAAUGGAGUCUAGUCAAAUCCAAGAUCCUUCCCCUAGAGCUUCCACUUCAAACCUUCAAACAGAUAUUAACAAUUCCAGCAGCAUCAAGCCACUCUCCAGGAACAUCAUCCUAGACCCUGUCAAUUCUAGCACUCUAUGCCUGGAGCCCAUCAACAACAGAACCUUCAGUCUUGACUGCAACUGUUCCAGCAUGUUGUGUCCAGACACUCUCUGCACCAGUAUACCCAGUGUGGAACCGACUGGUCUAAGCAGCAGCUCCUUCCUAAACUCAUGCAACACCAGCACCAAUCAUUUUGAUGCUAUGUAUUUCCAGGAGCAGGUUCUCUCAAACCAGAAACUUUUAGUUUCUCCAUGUGUAGUUGGUACUUCAGCUGAGCAUGAUGGUUUCCGAUCUUCAGUAACAUCACCUGAUACAAGCAUCAAAAUGAAGGAGACAACAAACCAUCAGAAGACUGGCCCUAAUGUGGUGCCACUCCCUGAUCCCCCUCCAAACUCUUGCUUAAAGACAGGCAAUCUGACAAAUCAGAAAGACUCACGCUCUAGCUCCAGAGUUGGUCGGCAUGUGCACUUCAAACUGCCUGAGGAUGAACAAAGUCAUGUGUCCAGUGAGUCUGAUGAAGAGACCCCUACGAUGUCAUUCAGUAAAGAACCACCACCACUGCUGACUAAACCCAAACUAGACCAAGCCCAGCUCCAGCUUCUGCACAACCAAGUCCUUAUGGAGCAGCAGCAAGAUACUGAGCCCAAACCGACCCAAACUCAUAUUCAGCCCAAAAGCCAACCUCCAGUCCAGGCCCAGAUCCAAUCUGAUGUUCAGAACUCCAGUGAAAGUCUGCUGUGGUCACAUGGAAUACAACAUGAGCCCCAUCUGCAACCUUUUCAGCCCUAUCUGAAUGCUGCUACACCUCUAAAGCAGAUGCCCAACUGUGCAUCUCAACUGGCCAACAGUACUUCUGCUCUAUCGCUGAGUUCUGGCCCUGAACAAAAAAACGCAAUUUCAGACCUUUGCAGUACAUCUCUACCUUCUCCCUUUGGCUUCCCACCUUUGAUUUCUCAGUCAAAGUCUUCCUCACUAGUAAACGCCCCUCUACCUGCCCCACAGCUGAAUGCAGUUCCUCUCAUCAGAAACCAGAUGAAUACCAUCCAUGCCUCCAUCCUCAACCUCUCCUCUGCAGCUCUUUCAAUUACCUCAACAACACCCCAAUGUUUCUCUCCACCUGCUCCAAAGCUUAGUACAGUCUCUACAGAUUCAAGAUCAAGCUUACUGCAAAUAACAUCUCCUACGCCCUUACUGAGAAGCACACACACCUCCCUCACUAACUUAACUGCCACCUCCCACACAUUCAGCUAUGCCAGGCCUAAAGAGUUCAUAGCUGCUCAGACUUUCUCACCAGUCAGGAGUCCUUCCCCAAAUGAAUCACCAGUCCCACUGCUCCAAGAACUAGCUGCAGAGCUUAACUCCUCUGCUGCCAGCUCCCCUACUCUGCCAACAUUCUCCCCACCACCAGGAAUCUCCUCCAUGAGAGUGCUCAGGUCUCCCACCAGCCCGGCCUCCGUAAUGUCCUCACCUCCGCCGGGGUCAACGUUGUUCACUAUACCAGCCCAGCUGCCGCCCAAGGCAUCCUCUCCCACCUCAAGCAGCUCAUCUCCCAGCCCAACUCAAAACCCUGUAGCGUUCUUGAGCUCGGUCCUUCCGUCCCUAACCCCAAGUCAGCCCACCAACUCAAUGGGCUUGCCAAAGGGAGCUCCUUUAGGGUUUCGAAAAAAGGUUCCCAAGAUGCGUCUCCCGUCAACUGAAGACAUGCGUGAAAGCAAAGAAAUGAUCCUACAAAAUAUUGAGAAAAAGCUUCAAAGCUUUCAAAGUAUUAAAGAUGAUACUCUAAAUGUAUCACAACAGCAGAAGCUGAGUAAUGAGGGGAAAACAGGGAGCAGACCCAUUGGACCAAACAUACCUGCUACUGUCAUUAACUUUGAUGAGGAGUACCGAGUCUCAAGUUUUGAGCAGAGACUUAUGAGUGAGAUUGAGUUUCGUUUGGAACGAACACCUGUGCAAGAGUCAGAUGAUGAAGUGAAGCAUGAUGAUGUCCCUACCGGAAAAUGCAUUGCACCCAUAUUUGACAAGAAACUUAAGAACUUUAGAGCCAUGGAAGGUGUUCCUGUCACUUUCUCAUGUAAAGUGUUGGGAAUCCCUGUUCCAAAGGUUUACUGGUUUAAGGAUGGCAUACAGAUAUUGAAGAAGAAUGUUCAUUACAAAAAAAUGAGAGAGGGGGAUGGGACCUGUUCUUUACAUAUAGAGUCCACUACCAAUGAUGAUGACGGCAACUACACUGUCAUGGCAGCUAAUCCACAGGGACGAAUCAGCUGCUCAGGUCAUUUGAUUGUCCAAACAGGACCUCUAAGAAACCGACUGACACCUAUCCACCCUCAGAGGGUACGGGUCCGUAUACAGGAAGUUGAAGGUGAGCAAACCCAGGAGCGCUUUUUUCAGCCUCAUUUCCUCCAGGCCCCUGGUGACAUGCUAGCCCCCGAGGGAGGUCUGUGUAGACUAGACUGUAAGGUGAAUGGCCUACCCACCCCAGAACUGAUGUGGUUGGUCAAUGGGAGACCAAUCUAUCCAGACCUUUACCACAAGAUGUUGGUGCGGGAGAAUGGCAUCCAUUCUCUUGUCAUUGAUCCUCUGACCCAGAAUGACACCGGGACAUACACCUGCAUUGCAAGCAACAGAGCAGGGCAGAGCUCUUUUACUCUAGAACUUAAAGUAGUAGAGAAAGAGAUGAAGCAUCCUCCCAAAUUUGUGGAGAAAUUGCAGAACAUGGGUAUUCCAGAUGGAACCCCAGUAAGGCUUGAGUGUCGGGUGGUGGGUAUGCCCCCUCCAGUUAUCUUCUGGAAGAAAGACAAUGACAGCAUCUCUAAAACUAAGGAAAGAAUCAGUAUGACCCAGGAUGCAACAGGAUAUGUAUGUCUCCUUAUACAGCCAACAACAAAAGACGAUGCUGGCUGGUACACAGUGUCUGCAAAAAACGAGGCUGGAAUUGUGUCCUGCACCUGCAGGCUUGAUAUCUAUGCACAGUGGCAUCAGAGCAUCCCCGCACCUAUUAAGAAGUCUCCACGCACAGGCAGCCGCUAUGCUGCUUUGACAGGGCUGGGAAUUGACAUCAAGUCAGCCUUCUCGACAUCAGAGACCAGCCCUGUCCUGUUCUCCAGCUCCCCUCCCGAGGCUAAUCUAGAGAGUGAGGAGCUUUGAGCUCAACAACCACUUCAAAUUGGUGACCUUUAGAGGAUUCCCAGCAUAUUUUGUCUGUUGUCUAAACUGUAGGAGGUAUAAGAACAAUGACGAUCCAAGCAGAUUGUCAUGUUAUUUUUGAGAUUAAUUUAAAUUGAUACAUUCAGGAUAGAGAGGCAAAGUAUUAAUGUGUUAUAACUAUCAACACUGGAAGUGGGUUUGCCAGCAUUCCUAUCCAAAAGUUAUAUGAGGAGUUUUUCAAAUACAACACCCAUUUCCUAAAAAGUUGGGAUGUUAUGUGAAAUUUAAAUUAAAAACAGAACAUCAUCAUCUUCUGUUUUUGCAAAACACAAUGUUUGCAAAACACUGAAACCCAGUGGUUUGAUUGUAGAUAUCACACAGACAAUAUAUCAAAUGUUGAAACAGAUAUUUACUAUUUUUGGAAAAGUAAAUGCCCAAUUUCAAUUUGAUACUAGCUAUCCCAUUGGGCCAGGGUCAUGCUUACCACUCUGUUGCAUCACUUUUUCUUAAACAGAACUCUGUAAGUGUUUUUGCGAACUGAGGAGACCAAUUUCUGUAACUUUAAAAGUGGUAUGUUUAUAGUUCUUGCUUAAUAUAAGAUUUCAUGGUCUCCUUGUCUUUUGUCUAUUUGUCUUUUAAGGCUUCAUAAUUCCCCAAACAUUCUACAUUCUUGACUGUCCCAUCUAUUUUGAAACAUGAUGCCUGCAUCAAAUUCACAUUGGGCAUAAAACUUCCCUAAAAAAAACGCCAUUUCUCAGUUUCAACUUUCGACAUGUUGUGUUUGUGUCUAUUUUCAAUCAAACAUGGGGGAUUAAUGUAAAUCCUCACAUUCUGUAUGCCACCUUUUAAGGAAUUUGUGUUGUACAGAAAAAGACUGACUGAAAAGUCUUAGCUCAUCAGCCAUCAUUGGAGUUAAAGUAUGUUCUUUGACUUUGGUUUGAAUGAUUCACGUUUUACAUUAUUUGUUAAAUAGUAAUGUUGAUGCUGAAUGUUUGUGAUCAAAUUAACUGUAAGUCCUUUUUACAGGGAUACAAGCAUCAAUUAUUUUAUAACAAAUCAUGACUACAUGUACUGGUAGCAAUAGCUUUCUUACAAAGUUAAUAGUCAAAGUAGUUGUGAUUGUCCAUGUCGAGAUGUAGUUAAGUGUUAAAUAGACACUUGAAUGUGCUAUUUAGAUCACUUUAUUUAAAGGGCUCCAGCAAAAUGAGAUUUUUUCUUCAUUUAACUACAUUAUUUCUAGACGUUUGUCACAUUUUUGCAUAAUGUUAUUGUAUGUGCGUGCAUGCCAAAUGCCUAUCAUGACCCAAUAAUGUUCAACAAACCUUUUUUUUUGGUGGUCAUAAUAAUAAUAUGCUGUUAGUUAAGUUUCCUUCAUGGUUAGAGCUGAAACACAAACAUGUUUAAUAUAUAUAUGAUCAUACAUUCUCUGUUGAAUGUAUUCAAAUUGGUUGUUUGGUAGCAUCAUUUGCUACCUCUUACAUUUACAGUAUGUUGGUUAAAAUCAAAGUUUUUGCUGUCAGUGUUUAGAGCUCAUUUUAACUCAACUUGAAUCAAAGCAAUAUUAGCCUUAACUGAUGCUAAAUUCCAAACAAAUUGAACAACUCAUAAACCAAUUAAGCAUUGCUAACCAGUCAAAUUAGAGAGGAAAAGAGUUAAAUUAGGCAUGAAAUGACAUUCACCUUACGUGACCUAAUUAUACUCAAAGCCUCAUUAGACCAGCUGCCACUAGGCCUACUUGUUUACUCAGUUCUGUAUGUGCUGGAGUCAUAAAUAUCUGUGGGUCAAGAACAUGGUGUUUAUCUGACUUUCUUCUCAAAAGUAAUCUGAAUUCAAUGAAAGUUGAAGUUGUGUAGAAAAAGAAGCAAACUUAUUUUGCUUCUUUUUCUUUAAGAGAAGUACAACAACAAUAAUUAUUAUAUUUGUUUUAAGAACAAAUACUCCAGGUUUGUUACAAAACAGCAACCAAAGUCCACACAUUAGAGACCAAAAGUAUUAGCAUGCUCGUGAUGUGUUUUUGUAUGCUCAUUCAAUAAAGUACAAGGUUAUUUA